AUGAUGACGUCAGAUCUCUAUCAACACUUCAGUACUGGACAACACGACGAUAACUAUGAUGAUGACGAUGAUGAUAGAGAGAUAGAUGAUAACAAUGAUGAAAAUGGAAGCGAUAGCGAUGGUGAAAAUGAUAAAAGUAAAAACGCACACAACAAAUUAUCAGACGUCAGUGAUGACGUCAUUUAUGGCGGAAAUGAUAACAUAAUUUUGAAAAAUUACAGUUACGAUGCCGAUGAUUUUAUCAUUCAUGACGACGACGACGAUGAUGAUGAGGAUGCGAUUGCAAGGAUUAAUUAUUAUGAUGGCCAUUCUAUGGACAAUAAUGACCAAGACUAUGAUAAUAAGGAUGGAGACGAUAAAAGUUUAUCUCUCAUUAAGGGCAAGGACAUCAAACGUUCUUCCAUCAUCAUCAACAUUAACUACAACAACGACAACAACGACAACUACAACAACAACUAUAAUAACAACAGCUACAACAACAACAACAUCAACAACUACUACAUUAGCAAUAACAAUGCUGACAACAACAACAAUAAUAAUAACCAUAAUAACUAUUUCAAUGAUAACAAAAGCAAAAAUGAUGAUGAUAAAUUUUUUGAUUUCAAUUUUCAUGAUAACGAUAAUAAUAAUAAUAGUAGUACUACUACUACUACUAAUAAUAAUAAUAAUAACAAUAAUAAUAAUCCACAUUCCCGUCAUCUUGAUCAUCAUCAUCUUAAUAUUCGUCACCAACUACAAAAUGAUGUAUAUGAAAAUGUUGAAGAUGACGAUGAUAAUAGAAAAUCAAUCAAUUUUUAUGGGAAAACAAUUAAAGACGGAGAAUGCGGCGGAAACGACUGUGGAAACAGAAGCAACAGUAAAAACAUCAGCAACGUCAUCAACAAAAAAAUGUUUAAAAUCAGUAACAACAACAACAUCAACAAAAACAACGACAAAAUCAACAUUAACAGAAACAACAACAGCAUCAAAAAUAUGAACGAUGGUGACAUAAUAGCGGUCGAGAACACCCCAUUAAGGCUCACAUGUUCAUGCCUGAAGGCCUACCCAACACCUCACCUCUCCAUAUAUCUCGACCGGCAACUGCUCACCAAUGAUCUCAACAAAGCUCACAACAAGUUCAGAAUCACUGAUGUAAACUACAACUACAUCAAUGACAACAACAAAGUAAACAAAGGAACCAAAAGCAACAAUGAUGACAACAACAUUGAUAUCAAAAACAACGAUAUGAUAUAUAACCUGAACGAUGUUAAUAACAUGAACAACAAAUACAAAAAAUCUAAACAUCAUAGCAACAAUAACAACAACAACAACCAAAAAUAUAAUCUCGAAAAAAACAUUCUUAAAAGCAGAAGCGGCAUGCAUGGAACAAGUUAUGAUGACGGACAGUACGAUGGUAGUUCACAGACCGACACAUCUGGCAAGCCCAUCCACAAUGAAAACCACAUCGACGCUUAUACAAACAACUACAACAACAUCAACAACAGUAACGACAUCAACACGAGCGACGACAUCAACAGAACAGAAAGAAGCAGCAUAACAUUGUUCGUUGGUGGCGAGCCAGGAAUGAGAACAGUGCACGUGAACAGUCUAACCACCACUCCCUACAUCAUCCUAGAUAGAAAGAGUGAUGGAAGGAAUGUGACCUGCGUAGUGACAGUCGCUGGCAUCAUCAGCAACCUCACAACCAGGAGACUAACAGUGCUUUGUUCGUAUCAUCCUCUUCGUCCUCUUAUUGACGUUCUUUUGAUUUUUCAUUAUUUUCAUGUUUAA